AUGGGGCGCACCCAAGGCUCAGGCAUGUAUCGGUGUGGGUGCAAGACUUCAUCAUCGGCAUCAUCAUCCUCUGGAAUCUCGCCGUCUCGCCGCCCACACGUCCACGCUACCACGCCCUCUGCAACCCUCCUCUCCUGCUCCGGACGGACUCGCAGCGCCAUCCACAGGCCGACGGACUUCACUGAAGGGCCUCUUGCUCCUCCCCACUCCCCCCCGAUCCACACCCUUGGGGGCUUGGCAUGGGCUUGGCUCGCUGCUCUCACAGAGACGGGACGAGAGGCUGAGGUACCUCUGGGUACCGGUUCGUUCGCUGUAACCUCGUUGCCCUUCUCUCGCUCCGGCUGCGUCGUAGGUUUUUCGCAUUUGCGCUUCGCUCGCUUGCUUUUUGGCUCCGAAACUCCACCCGGCUCUCUGCGUACCCGCCAAACUAUCACCAAGACAUGCCUUUGCUUGUCGAGAGUUCAGAUUGCCGCAGAACAAGGCGGGCCUCAGACUUCCUGCUCAUCUUCUCCUCGCCCGUGGUUGUUUCGUGCUCCGUUCCUGAGCUUGCGCCCGCCCGCCCGCGUGUGUCUCGCGGCUUGAGUUACCCCGUUCCUGUCUUUCCGCUUCCGGGCUUCCCCAUGGCCCUUCACCGACUUCCUUUGUCUCUCGUGCCUGGGCUCCCGUGCGCGCUACCACCACUCCAAACCGCAGACCGCAAGACGC